AUGCCUGUCAUCUCGCGCCUGUUGUCUAUUCCACUCCGCAUUGCAGAGAUCGCCUUUGCUGCGGUUGUUGUGGGUAUCAUUGGACAUUAUCUUGCCUCCUUUGACUCAAUUGAUCCUUGGCCUCAGGCGCGAUGGAUCUAUACUGAAGUCAUCGGUGGGCUGUCUAUACUACUAGGAUUGAUUUGGCUGAUCCCAUUCUCUUCUGGAUUCUUCUCUUGGCCUCUUGAUGUCCUGAUUUCCUUCGCCUGGUUUGCCGCUUUCGGUAUUUUGGUCGACGCCAUCCACCACCUGCCCUGUGGCAGCAUCUGGUCAUGGGAAUUCCGCGGUGAUUCUGUUUGCGCUCGUUGGAAGGCUGCGGAAGCUUUUAGCUUCCUCUCUGCAAUUCUUUGGCUCGUCUCUGCUCUCGUGGGCAUCUGGUUCACCUUCCGCAAGCGCGACACUACUGCCGAAGCCACCACUACUCGCCGUCGCUGGGGUCGCUCCCGCAAAGUCGAUGCCGCCGCUACGGCAUAG